GCCCAUGAAAAUACUUGAAAUGGUCGGCACGGCAGGCACAUAUUUCCAACAAAUCUAGAAGUUCUGUUGAUAUUUAUAAAACCCUAACCUCAUCAUCAACCGGCGCAAGCGAGCCAACCCUAGCUAUAGCCACCAAAUCAUUAACACUAUCUCUUCCUCUUCAAAAUCCAUGGCUAGAAAACGAAAGCUCGACUCCAAAUCCACCGAAACAGCAGAAGAACCGCCGAAGAAACAACAGCAACAAGAAGAACCACCAAAGGAAGAACCUCAAGAAGAAGAAGUAGAAGUAGAAGAGGAGGAAGAAGAAGAAUAUGAAGAAGUGGAAGAGGAGGAAGAAGAUAAUGAAGAUGAUCCAGAUGGAGAAACCAAUCAAAACGCUCAGAUCUCAGCUGUUGAGAAUCUAAACGACGACGAUGACGAAGACGAGGAGCCGAUUGAGAAACUUCUUGAACCGUUUGGAAAAGACCAGUUGAUUAAUUUACUUCGUGAAGCAGCGGAUGGUCACCGAGAUGUUGCAGAUAAAAUCCGGCAAGUAGCUGACCAAGAUCCGGUGCACCGGAAGAUUUUUGUUCAUGGGCUUGGUUGGGAUACGAAUGCUGAGGCUUUGAUCAAUGCGUUUAAGCCUUAUGGUGAGAUUGAGGACUGUAAAGCUGUGUGCGAUAAGGUUACGGGGAAAUCGAAGGGUUAUGGGUUUAUUUUGUUUAAGAAAAGGAGUGGGGCGCGGAAUGCGUUGAAGGAGCCGCAGAAGAAGAUAGGGAAUAGGAUGGCAGCUUGUCAAUUGGCUUCUACUGGUCCGGUUCCACAGUCCAGUGCUGGACCCUCUGGGCCGAUCGCUGCUGCUGCGCAAACACAGCAGCCGGUUUCGGAGUAUACGCUGAGGAAGAUUUAUGUGAGUAAUGUGGGAGCAAAUUUGGAUCCUCAGAAGCUGAUGAGUUUCUUUUCGGAGUUUGGAGAGAUUGAAGAAGGACCAUUAGGGCUUGAUAAAGCGACUGGGAAACCGAAAGGGUUUUGUUUGUUUGUUUAUAAGACAGUUGAGAGUGCUAAGAAAGCGUUAGAAGAGCCACAUAAGAGUUUUGAAGGGCACAUUUUGCAUUGUCAGAAAGCUGUUGAUGGGCCAAAACAUGCGAAAUCGCAGAAACCACCACAGCAACAUCAUAAUAUGCAAAGCUCGCAUUACCAGAGGAAUGAUGGAGGUGGGUAUGUUGCUAGUGGGGGUCGUGGUGGUCAUUUAAUGGCCCCGGCUGCUGCUGGUGCUGGGAUCGGGUUUAAUCAGAGUGCUGCUGCUCCUGCUUUGAACCCUGCACUUGGACAGGCGCUGACCGCAUUGCUUGCCACUCAGGGUGCUGGACUGGGAGGGCUCACUAAUUUGCUUGGGACUUUGGGGUCUGCCGCGGCUGUGACCCAGGGUGGUGUACCUAGUGCAGCUCAUGGAAUGCAGGGUGCCUAUGGGAACCAGGCGAGCAUAAGUCCUGGAGUGAUAGGAGCUUAUGCGAAUCAGGGAGCUAUGCAGGGUGGAUAUCCAAAUCAGCAGAUGGGACAGGGUGGUUCUGGGAGAGGACAACAUGGGCAAUAUACCCCUUAUAUGGGUCACUAGGUGUCCAUCAGGUUGAGAGUUCCUAGCCCUCACCAGCUGGCUUCGAGUAAUAUUAGGAAUUUUCUUUCUGGGUGUGUGUGUGUGUGGCUUUUGGAACUUUUAACAUCAGUUGACCACUCUGAAUCUGUAAAAUUAUGUCUUGUGAUGCAAAAAAUGGUUUGACAACUUUUUUCUGAGCAGUUUUAGUAGUCUGUGGUUUUAUGGUGUGGAACUGUUUUAACUGGUGGUUUUUCUGUGGUAUUGUAACUUAAAAUUGAUCGAAGUGUUUACUCCCACAGAUGUAUUAGAGUGUGCGUUUGUAUUGAAAAUAAGUUUGACAACUUUGACAAGAAUUGGUGCUUUUUCCCCCUUGCAUCAGUAUUAGGUUGCUCUGGAAAAAUCUUUGCUUUUAUGAUAUGAGGGUGAUUUAGGUUGUGAUUUAUUUGGGACAAAGUUACCAUAUAUGUUUUGAAGUAGUUUUUUUUAUCAAAUACUCUUGAAGGCAGCAUACCUUUUUGAAGCCCCUUGAGUAGUGCUUUGCGCAAUCUAAACCCUGCCAGUUUUAAAAUCAAAACAAUUGUAUAACUUCUGUUAUUGGGGGUGAUGCUACCUGAGAGAAGCUCGAGAUUUGUCUCUAUAACUAUUCGAGAUUUGUUAAACUGGUUUCAUGUAUUUGAAACACCAACACUGCAUAUGAGGCCCACAGAAUGCGUGACAUUAUGGAUUUGCUGGUCACUGUUCCACAGAAUAACUGGUGGUUGCGAGGGAGUCAAAAGGUGAGAAAUCAGCUGUAAUGAUUCUUUAAUUGUCCAAAUGAAGUCUGUUAAUUUGUUGUGCAUUGCAGUACAUGAGUCCAUAGAAUUGCAUAGGCCUUGUCUAGAGUCUUGUGGCCCGCCCCUGCUAGUUUUUAAUUAAGUUGGUUGAGUUAAAGUGGGAGUCAAAAGCAUUUUGUAUUCAAGUCUUCAACCUUAUAACCAUGUGAUAGAAGGAAAUAAUUUCUGGAAGUGAGUCAGAAGAUAAUAUAUUAGUUCAAAUACAAUUCUUUGUUUCUCCCAAUUAAGUUUGUUAGUGUUAUCCUCACAUUGUAUUACACGAGUAUAUAGAAUUUCAUAGACCGUGUCUAACAAUCAUGUAGUGAACUUCACCCUGUUAGAUUCUGGUUAAGGGUCUAUUUGGGGCUGUGGUGGCGGUGACGAUUUAAAGUGCUUUUCGCUUAGAAAUGUAUAAAAAUGAAGUUUUUUUAUUUUUUUAAAAUUAUUUUUGACAUCAGCAUAUCAGAACGAUCUGAAAACAUAAAAAAAUUAUUUUAAGCAAAACAAAAGGUUCAAAAUUUUUAGGAACGCGGUUUGUGUUCCCAAACAUGCUCUAAGUUUGUUGAGUUGGAUUUUGCGGUUCUUUCUUUGUUUCUCUCUUUUAUUUUCUGGUGUGUCUGAAUGCAUGCAUGGCAACUAUACCCUUGUUUGCAUUUUGUUACCCUUAUCAUUUUCAGCAUUCCAUUAUCAUCAUGCUAAAGACAAAAGAAUGACCUAUAAUUUGUUCAUAAAAGAGUAAAUUAAUAUUAUUUAAGAUAUUUUUGGGGGGUUACAUGUAAUAACCCUCUUUCUAUUUAUUGUUAUGUUACAAGCCAUUUCCAUAAAUACAUGGGGAAAAAAAAGUUAUGAACUUAACGAAGUGACAUCUUUCACUGAAAACACGUGGGAGCUGAAAGCUAGUAUGUUCUACCACAGGUUUCAAAGUUUAAGUUACUUCACUCUGUUGUGUUCAUAUUUUGAUUCUGAAUGCAGUUGAUAUGGCUUCUCAAUGUGAAAUUUUUUUCAAAUCUGUCAAAGUUUCCAAGUUUAAGUUACCUUUCCACUCCAGCUUUUCAGCAUUAUUUUCACGGAAUUUCUGCAUGCUUUGUCUUGAAAAACUCAACACAACUCUUUGCCUGAUAUUCGGAUGGCUCUGCUUUAAAAUUGAGACUGAAGAUAAACUUGUAUGCAUGACUUGGGUAUAUACUAUAUAGGUUUCUGGAAGCUUGUGCCCCUUUUUACCCUUUCGAAGUGUGGGAUAGAUUGGGUUGAUAUUUGUGUCUAGCAGAUUUCAGUCCCUGUGGAAGCACCCAAGGGCUUUCAAACAAGGAGGCGGCAUUGGUGGGAGAUGAUUUGGAUCGUCCACGGUUGAAUGAUUAAGAUACCAUGGCUAGCUUAUCGGUGCCUCUUACGAUGGUGGACUAAGGAUUGCUUCCCGAAGGUUUUCAUUCAAUGUAGAAAUUCUUCUUUAAAUGGGUUGAAACCCCAAAUUUUAAUAAUUUCUAAUAUUACUAUUGAUAAAUUGCGAGUAUGAUUUCAUUGAUAUUUUUCUUUGUAAUUGCGUACAGUAUGCCGAAAUGGGUAUUUACCAGAGUAAGCGAACUAGCUAAAUUGAUAAACUGGGUUGGUUAUAUUAUUCCA